AUCUCACACCCCUUUUUCUUUUUCGCAUUGCUGUUUAUUGCAUUCGCCUCGACAGCAUCUGCAGCAUCAGCAGUAUUGGGAAUUGAUUUCGGCGGUGCAUACAUCAAAGCAGCAAUCGUAAAGCCUGGAGUACCACUCGAUAUCGUCCCCACCAAAGACUCAAAGCGCAAAGAGGCUGCCGUCGUUGGUUUCAAGCCAGUAUCUGGAUCUGCCCUCGACUUUGGCUCCUACCCCGAGAGACUGUACGGCGGAGAUGCUCUGGCUCUCGGUGGUCGCUUCCCUGGCGAUGUCUUCACCAACCUCAAGACCCUCCUUGGCCUCGUACCUGGUGACCACGCCGACACAAUGAUGAGGAACUACAGCUCACGCCAUCCCGUAAUCAAGUCGAAGUUCGAACAAGAGAAGGGAACCGUCUCAUUUGAGUCUAGUGCUUUCAGCUCGUCCGAAAACUCAUGGAGUCUCGACGAGUUGCUGGCUAUGGAGCUUAAGAACAUCCGCACGAACGCUGAGGCCAUGUCCGGUGGUAACGGAGGUUCCGUCUCAGAUGCAGUCAUCGCUGUGCCUGUUCACUGGACCGCAGAUGAGAGACGUGCCAUCGAGCGCGCCGCCGAUUUGGCUGGUAUCAACAUCAUGAGUCUCGUCAGCGACGGACUGGCCGUCGGUAUCGACUACGCUGUCAAGCGUACUUUCCCUAGCGUCAGCAAGGGCGAGAAGCCUGAGUACCACAUGAUCUUCGACAUGGGCGCUGGUUCGACCACUGCCACUAUCCUCAGAUUCCAAUCCAAGGACGUCAAGGACAUCGGUCGCUUCAACAAGACCAUUCAGGAGGUCGCUGUUAUGGGCGCUGGUUGGGACAAGACUCUUGGAGGAGACGAACUCAACGCACUCAUCGUCGACUACCUGGUCGACAGCUUUGUCGCUAAGCCUCAGGCUGUCAAGGCCGGCAUCACCGCUGAAGAGGUCAAGGGUCAUGGUAGAACUGCUUCCAAGAUCUGGCGUGAAGCUGAGCGUGCAAGAAUGGUUCUCAGUGCAAACUCCGAAGUCAGAUCAAGCUUCGAGGGCCUGUACAAGGAUAUCGACUUCGCUACUAAGCUCUCCAGAGCCGAGUUCGAGAAAAUGGCUUCGUCCCACGCUGACCGCAUCAAGACCCCUGUCCAGCAGGCUCUGGAUGCUGCUAAGCUCUCUUUUAAGGAUCUCGACUCUGUCAUCCUUCAUGGUGGCGCCAUCAGAACACCUUUCGUUCAGAAGAAGCUUGAGUCGAUGACUGGCAAGAACACCGAAGUGCGUGGUAACGUCAACUCGGACGAGUCGGCCGCAUUUGGCGCCGCCUUCAAAGCAGCCGGUCUGAGCCCCAGCUUCCGCGUCAAGGAGAUUAGAGACAUCGAAGCCGCUGUCUACCCUGCUGGCAUCAAGUACCCAUCAGAUGGUAAGGAGAGACAGCAGAAGCUGUUUGUUCCCACUUCCCAGGCUGGACUUGCAAAGGAGAUUGCCGUCAAGAAUCUUGAUGAUUUCACCUUCACCAUCUUCCAGACCGUUGGUAGCCAAGACCGUCAGGUCACUGAAGUUCAGACCCAGAACUUGACCGCUUCCGUCGAAACUCUGACCACCAAGUUCGGAUGCUCCAAGGACGAGAUCUCGACCAAGCUCAAGCUUCGCAUUAGCCCAAUCGAUAGCGUUCCGGAACUUGUUUCUGCAUCUGUCAGCUGUGAGGUCGACGGUGGCAAGGUUGGCGGUCUUGGAGACUCAGUCAAGGGACUAUUCGGCUUCGGAUCCAAGAAGGGCGAACAAGAGCCCCUUGGCGAAGCCGAAGAAGUUGAGACCGUCUCUGAGUCAAGCUCAUCGUCAGCCAGCUCUUCCAGUGCCUCGAAGGCCAAGUCAAGCGGCUCUGCGACACCUGAGGCCGAGGUCAAGAACAAGAAGCGUACCGAAAUCAUUCCUGUCAAGUUCGCCACUGUCGUCAAGGGUCUUCCCCAACCCGCACCCGAAGAGAUCAAGCGCAUGAGAGAACGUCUCACUGCCUUUGAUCGCUCUGAUAUGUCUCGUAUUCAGAGAGAGGAGGCUUUGAACGUCCUCGAAGCAUACACCUACCGUACCAGGGAUCUUCUCGAGAACACCGACUUCAUUGGUGCCUCUACCGAGGCCGUUAGAUCUCAGCUCACUUCUCUGCUCAGCAGCACCAGCGACUGGCUAUAUGGUGAAGGCUCUUCUGCCAAGGCUGAGGCUUUCAAGAGCAAGCUUGCUGACCUCAAGGCUAUUGUUGAUCCUGUUCAGAAGCGCAGAGAGGAAGCUUCAGCACGACCUGAGAUUCUCAAGUCGCUGCAGAGUUCUCUUGAUCAGACAAAGUCAAUGGUCGACGCCAUCGGCAAGCAGAUUGCUGCUUCGAUUUCAUCUGCCUCUGAAGCUGCAUUGUCAAGCAGCACCAGCACUGAAGCCAGCCCCAGUCCCAGCGCUGCUGAUGACUUGGACGACCUUGAUGAGCCCGAAACUUUCACUUCUUCUUCGGUCAAGCCCAGCGAGACCCCCAGCAUGAUGCCCUACACCGAAGACGACCUCACCUCCAUCACCAAGGCCUAUGAGAGCGUCGCCGAAUGGGUCAAGACCAAGAUGGCCGAGCAAGACAAGCUCCAAGCUUUCGAGGACCCCGCAUUCACAGUCAAAGAGAUGGAACUCAAGGCGAAAGAGCUCAACAAGGCUCUCAUGGACAUGGUGACCAAGAAGAUGCAAAUGCCCAAGCCCAGCAGUAAGAGCAGUAGCUCUAGAAAGGCUAAGGCCACAAAGAGCAAGAAGGCAAAGUCUAGCAGCAGUGAGACGUCUACGGCAUCG